GGCUUUGGAGGGGGAGGUGGCAGUGCCAAGAAGCAGUUGUCCCUUAAGGAUGUAGCUGAGCUGAUCCGGACCAGAACCUGUCAAAGGGUGGUGGUCAUGGUGGGAGCCGGCAUCAGUACACCUAGUGGCAUCCCUGACUUCAGGUCUCCAGGGAGUGGCCUUUACAGCAACCUUCAGCAGUAUGAUAUCCCGUACCCUGAAGCCAUCUUUGAACUGGCAUUCUUCUUUCGGAACCCCAAGCCCUUUUUCACUUUGGCCAAGGAGCUGUACCCUGGGAACUUCAGGCCGAAUGUGACUCACUAUUUCCUCAGACUUCUGCAUGACAAGGGGCUGCUGCUUCGACUUUACACGCAGAAUAUCGAUGGGCUCGAGCGAGCUUCUGGCAUCCCUGCCUCCAAGCUGGUUGAAGCACAUGGCACCUUUGCAUCUGCCACCUGCACUGUCUGUCUACAGCCCUGCCCUGGCGAGGACUUCUGGGCCAGCGUGCUGGCGGAUAGGGUGCCCUGCUGCAUGGCCUGUGCUGGUGUCGUGAAGCCUGACAUUGUGUUCUUUGGGGAGCCGCUGCCAGAGAGAUUCCUGUUGCACCUCAUCGACUUCCGCAGGGCUGACCUGCUGAUCAUUCUUGGGACGUCGCUUGAGGUGGAGCCUUUUGCCAGCUUGUCCGAGAGCGUCUGCAGCUCAGUGCCCCGAGUGCUUAUCAACCAGGAUGUGGUGGGCACCUUUGCAUGGAGACCACGGGACAGGGAUGUGGUGCAACUGGGGGACAUGGUGCACAGUAUAGAAGAACUGGUAAAGCUGCUGGGCUGGACAGAGGAGAUGCGGGACCUUGUGCAGAAGGAGGCAGCAAAGGUACCAAGGGCUGGUGGGGAGGCCUUCAGUGACAUGCUGAGACAGCCAGUGGAGGCAGUGCAUAUCGGUAUCAGCCAGCACAUCUGGCCAUUUGUAUGUGGGAGCUGA